UCUGUAUCGCGUACGCACGUAGCCUACUCGUUCUUUCUCUGUUACUUUCCAUAGAAUAUACGGACUUUAGUUUAUUCAGUGUUUGUCUAUCCAAUGAUUACAAGUGUCGACAAGUACCUGACCAACAUGGCGCAGUGAGUAGGAUUCUGUGGAAAGAGAAAUAGUGAAAAGCAGUGUACAAGCCGGUUGGCGUAACGGCCAGCCGCCCGCAUUCCGUGCGUGCCCUUUUUGACCUGUGCCGGUGAGUGAGGCCCAGGGCCACACCCGCCCGUGAACUCCGCUUAUUGCUGUAUGGUCAUUUACGAUUUAUAUGCGGUUCGAGCUGUCGAGGCGCCGCCCCUAUAUAUCGUUGAAAUAACGCAGUAUUAAGUGUACAUAUGGGCAAGCGCGGUGUUCGGAACACCAGGAUUAACGCCACCGCCACCUCGCCCGCCACCCCCGCUACCUCGCCCCUGAUGGAUGAACCAUCGGAGCCCGCGCAGCCCGAGGGCAGGGAGGAGGCACCCACGCUUUUGACCGUUGUGGCCCCUCAGAGGCUGGCAGUGCCUCAGGGGCCAGUUCACCCCGUCGCUGUAUCGCGUAAUGGUGGGUUUAGCAGCUGCGGUGUCCUCACAACCAACAGGCGGCAAUUCUGGCGUUGGUACCAGUACAGACACCCUCUUCCGCAAAGAGGUCAAGGGAAGUGAUGGAAUAACUCGAGGAGAGUACGGUUACCACACACCUGAUGGUUGCUUGCAUGUGGUGUCAUAUGAAACACACCCUGGUAAAGGCUACCGUGUUCUAGGCUCCAGUAAAAAAGAAUGUGGACGUCCUGUGACUACGAAGCCGUCCGCAGCUAGACCCCAAACUACCGCAGAAAGUGAUAUCACCCACUCAAAAACAAGCUCUAUAACAAUACAAACCACCACAACGAGAACUCCUGUGACUACUAGAUUUACCACCUCUAGAAGAGAUAUUGGUACCACCAUUCCUGCCACAACACCGUUUACCAUUACCAACACAAAACCUCGUGAUUCGUUUUUAGCCCCUACAAUACCACCUGUGGACACCAACAUCGUAACGGAAGCUGUAAUGAAGACGCAAGACUCCCAAGGAAAGCAGCUGCAACCCACUCCAACAUUUAUCGAAUCGGAUGGGGAUGAUUCCAGUACGUUGCCCGCUUACACCUUCGGUUAUACCACACCCACUCACGGCCACACUGAGUCGGGUCUUCCCGACGGUUCUAAGAAAGGAGAGUAUUACUGGGAUGGUCCUGAUGGCUGGAGGAGAAUUGUGACCUACGAAGCCAAUGAGAGAGGAUUCUUCCCAAGGAUGCGACAAGUUAGGAUCCCCACAACAACCACCACCACCGUCCCACCGCCAACCACCACAUCCACAAUCAAUUCUCCGCCUGAGGCCUUGGCGAAAGAACUUCUGGGUAACCUGCCACCGCAGGCGGGUGGAUGCCCAUACUACUUUUACUAUAACACCAGGAUAAAUUACCACUGGGAGAGAUGCUUCGAGAACUUCACCAAGACCGGAGAGUUUGGGCAGUUGGGUCCUGAUGGCUAUGCCCACAAGACUGAAUAUGUCGCAGAUAUCACUGGCUUUCACCCACGCCUCACCAAGACACCACUUACCACGGGUCAAGAAAAUGUAGUAGCUGAGUACACGGAAGGGGCUUUUAUCGUCCCAAAGCCUGACGAAGAGCGAAGGGAAACCGAAAAACGCAUCCUGGCUUGGCUGGCGGACAACAGAAACAGAAUAGAAGAGCCCCUACGAUAAACCACGCGUCAAGCACUGCACGUGCCUUAAAUUUCUAAAAUAACUUCACAGCAACGUAUAGUUUCGUCAUAAUAAACUACCCCGAACUUGUUUCCCUUUUAAAAAACAAUAAUUCUUAUGAAAUAUCAAUUGUUUAAUAAUAAGGAGUGCUAAUCUG